GAAAGCAUCACAACAAAAUAUUUCCCUGUUUCAGCUUAUGAAUUUGAAAUGGAAUUUGUUUUUUAUACGUAAAAACACAAUAAACUCUUUCGAUACAUUGUUUAAGAAUCGUUUCGUUUCAAUGGCAACUCUAGAAACUUUAAAAUUUGAUAAUUUAGCUCUAAGAAAGUUGCCUGUUGAUCCGGAAAAACGCAACUAUGUUCGAACAGUUAAUGCUGCUUGUUUCUCAAAAGUCAUCCCGACUCCUGUUGAAAAUCCUAAAGUUGUUGCUUAUUCCACGAGUGCAAUGAAACUAUUAGAUUUAUCAGAAGUUGAACUGGAAAGAAAAGAAUUUGUUGAAUAUUUUUCUGGUAACAAGCUAUUGCCAGGCUCGGAAACCGCCGCUCAUUGCUAUUGCGGUCAUCAGUUCGGAUAUUUUUCAGGGCAACUUGGAGACGGUGCAGCUAUAUAUUUGGGAGAAGUAAUUAAUCAAAAGAAUGAGAGAUGGGAAAUACAGCUCAAAGGUGCCGGUCUAACUCCUUACUCUAGAACUGCUGAUGGACGAAAAGUUUUACGCUCCAGUAUCAGAGAAUUUUUGUGCAGUGAGGCCAUGCACCAUUUGGGUAUUCCAACAACAAGAGCAGGGUCCUGUGUCACAUCUGAUUCUGAAGUAAUAAGAGAUAUUUUUUAUGAUGGUCAUCCAAAAUCUGAAAAUUGUUCUAUUGUCUUACGCAUUGCUCCAUCAUUCAUUAGAUUUGGUUCUUUUGAAAUUUUUAACACUUUGGAUCCUAUUACUGGAAAAGUUGGUCCAAGUGUUGGAAGAACUGAAAUUCUUCAUACUCUUCUUGAUUAUGUUAUUGAAACUUUUUACCCAGAGAUUCAUCAAAGCAUGGACAACCAGCUGCAGAAGUAUAGUGCCUUCUUCAAAGAAGUUGUUCUUCGAACAGCCAGAUUAGUUGCUUUAUGGCAAUGUGUUGGUUUCUGUCAUGGGGUAUUAAACACUGACAAUAUGAGCAUAUUGGGAAUAACAAUUGAUUAUGGACCUUUUGGCUUUAUGGACAUGUAUAAUCCUGAUCAUGUAUGUAAUGGUUCAGAUGAUGGAGGGAGGUAUGCAUAUGACAAACAACCAGAAAUAUGCUUGUGGAAUCUUAAGAAACUUGCCAAAGCCAUUCAGAAAGCUUUACCUCUGAGUGAAACGUCUCCUUUAUUAGAACUUUACUAUGAAGAAUUUAAUGCUACUUAUUUAGGAAAAAUGCGAGCGAAGCUGGGAUUAAUAAACCUGCAGUUACCAGAAGAUAUGAGUCUUGUUGAAGAACUUUUUAGUACAAUGGAAGAAUCUGGAGCAGAUUUUACAAAUACAUUUUGUUGUCUUCAUUAUAUUGAUGUAACAGACUCAGCAAAAAAAGAAACCUCUUUUCGUGAGGUGGAACAAAAGAUUGUAGAGCAGUGUUAUUCUGUGGAAGCAAUGGUUAAUGCCUGCAAACCAGAAGCACUUUCCCCGCAAAUUCAUACUUUGCUUAUGUUGGUGAAUGCUGAUCCAUCCAUAAUUAAUCAGCUAGGUAGAACCGGGUUAACACUAAAAAGAAUGCUUAUGAAAUUACAAAAAUCCAAGUCCCUUGAGGAAAUGACUCGGGAAACGAAAUCCAAGAAUGAUAAACUUCUUUGGAAUAAGUGGUUGAAAAGAUACAAAAUUAGGUUGGACCAAGACAUGAAAAAUUGCCGUAAUUUAAAUGAGUACAACAGAGGAAGAUUAAAAGUCAUGAAGCAAAAUAAUCCUAAAUUUAUUUUACGGAAUUACAUUCUUCAAAAUGCAAUUGAAAAAGCUGAAAAGGGUGAUUAUUCUGAUGUGAAGCAACUGUGCAAAUUAUUAGAAAAUCCAUAUGAUUGUUCCUAUUCUUCUGUUGUACAGAAUUUGUCCUCUGGUAAUUUGAAGGCUAAAGAUGAAGAUUCUGCAGCAUCAACUUCAUUUUAUUCUAAAGAAAAUGGUGCUGAAACUCAUCAGAUGUCUGAAUUGGACACAUUUGACAAACCCCCUGACUGGGCCUUUUCUAUAAAAGUCACCUGAUCUUCAUAAAUUUGCAGUUUCCCCUGAUAUGACUGCAUACUUCAAAACUUCACAAAGAAAUGAUUAAGCAAGAAAAUGUUCCAUUAAAUGACGGUUGCAUUUCUAAAGCCAAAUUUGGAUGAGUGCUUACCUGAUGGAUGGGAAUCUUUUAAUUGCUUUAUAUUAAAAGUAUUAUUUCUAAAACUUUAAAAUGCUUACUAUGUAAAUAAUU